GAGCUCAUUGAGAAUACAAGACAAGUCUCAAAUCUGACUUGCGGGGAACAAGCUUGCUUUCUCAUUGCCUUGAAGAGACUCGCGUCACGAUGCCCAAGUCAAUUCUUUCAGUCAAUGCCGGUUCGUCCUCGGUAAAGCUCACCUUCUAUACUACCGACAAUCCACCGAAGGAGAUAGCCAAUGCCUCUGUAUCUGGCCUCACGGCUCCGCCUCCAGUCUUAAAGUAUAGCCGUGGUGGUGAAAAGCACAAGGAGAAGCUAAAUGUCGAGCUGAAACACCCUCCAGACGCAUUCAAGUUUCUUCUCAAGCGCUGUAUCAGUGAUCCCCAGCUUUCUGAGGUGGCCAGUGCUGAAGACCUAGAAUAUAUCUGCCACAGGGUUGUGCAUGGAGGAGACUAUGCAGGGGCGGUUGUGAUAACCGAUGAUACAUAUGGCCAUCUCAAAGACAUGGAAGAACUUGCUCCUCUGCACAAUUUCUCUGCGCUGGAAAUAGUCAGGGUAUGCAAAAAGGAGCUUCCGCAUAUCAAAAGUGUCACGUUUUUCGAUACCACCUUCCACAGGACGCUGCCUGAUUACAUCAAGACGUACCCGCUUGACCCCAGAAUCAGCCGGGAGAAGGGGCUUCGCAAAUAUGGAUUCCACGGAAUCAGCUACUCCUUCAUUCUGCGUUCCGUUUCAGAGUUCCUGGGUAAGCCAGCUGAGAAGACGAACUUGAUCACCAUGCAUAUUGGGAGUGGUGCAUCGAUAUGCGCCAUCAAAGAUGGCAAAUCUCUCGAUACAUCUAUGGGACUUACGCCCCUCGCUGGAUUGCCUGGUGCAACGCGAAGCGGAAGUGUCGACCCAUCGCUGAUUUUCCACGUUACGGAAGAACCUGGUAAAUUGAUCUCCGCAGGUGAACAGGAAGGCCAACAUAGAAACAUUACAAUGGCCGAAGCCAUCCUCAACAAAUCAGCCGGCUGGAAAGUCCUAACGGGAACGGCAAACUUCGCAGAGAUCGCAGUCGAAAACCCACCGACGCAAAACCACAAACUGGCUUUUGACAUCAUUGUCGACCGUAUCCUCGGAUACAUUGGCAGCUACUUUGUGAAACUGGGGGGCCGGGUCGAUGCCCUGGUCUUUGCCGGUGGCGUUGGCGAGAACAGUGCUCUGCUUCGCAAGAGGUUGGUCGAGGAGAGUCAAUGUUUGGGGUUCGCCAUCGAUGAGUCUGCAAACGACAAGGGACCUGCCAAGGAGUCUGUAACGGAGAUAUCCAAGGAACCGGGAAAGAAUCCGCGGGUGUUGAUCUGCCAAACCGAUGAGCAGUUUGAAAUGGCACAUCGAUGUGUUUGCUCGAAGCUUGAAAAGGCUUCGAUUUAGCUUUUGGGGGUUGACGCUUCGUGUUAGAUGUCACCAUAUAAAAUGGAAUUUCUAGAACCAGCCACAUUUCCUUUCCCCUUCUGGAUGCCCGUGCGUUCAUGAGGGCGCUCAGAGGAGUGCUCACUGAGUAUUCUACAUCACAAGAGCACUCACCUGAGCACUUAUGACUUGUUGAUGGGGGUCAAACGCGCUGAGCUGGUUGAUCCAACUAGGGAGGCCCGGAGUCGGGCAAUUGAGACCAAUAACUUUAGGUAGAUAUAGUGUAGCGAUUUAUGAUCUGUGUAGGUUCACGAUCUUGAGGCCGACGGUCCAGGGAGAUUGAGAGCCAGCUGGGUCGCCAGUUGGCGGUGCGAGGGCCAAGGUGGAUUGAACACCGCUCGGGCUCUACGUCCCUGCAUUGAUAUCCUCACUAGCCCCAAUUGAUGGCCAUGGGUCCCAUUGCCUGUACC